AUGUCUGACUCCAUGCGCAAGGGACUCGGCGAGCAGGCCUCCGAGAAGCUCCAGCCCGACUCCACCAAGUCCAACACUGAGAAGGCAUCCGAGACUCUCAGCGGAGCCGGUGACCGCAUCGCUGGUGCCGUUCAGCCUGAGGGCCAGAAAUCUGCUGGACAGAAGCUCGGUGACGCUACCCGCUCCGGCCACGACGACGCCUCCAACAAGAGCGAGGGUGUCAUGAAGCAGGCUCAGGACUCUCUGAGCAACGCUGGCCAGGCCAUCUCCGACACCCUCUCUGGCGGACAGAAGAAGUAA